GGCUGCUGAUGCAGCCCUCGGGCCUCUUGAACAGCAGCACCUCCAGCCGCCGGAAGCGGUGGCUCAGGUUGUGGUCCUCGUCGUCCGCAUCGUCCGCAUCGUCCAUGUCGUCCGUGUAGUCCGGCGGGCGGGUGGAGUCAGCGCUGGACGUGGGCGCGGGUAUGAAAGCGGGCGCCUCAUCUUCCUCUUCCUCGUCCUCAUCGGGGUACAGCUCGCGGAAGUUGGGCUGGCUCUCCUCUGGCUCCAACACCGGGUGCCGCACCUUGGCCCUUCGGGCAGACGUCAGAACUCUCUUCAGUAUAGCUUCGGCGUCGCUUCGAGUGGCCGCGGCUGCUUUAUCGCUCGGGCCAGUGAAUAAUAGUCGCGCGAUGAACUCCCGGAACUACCGCGAGCGGCUGAUCGACGAGGUGAAGAAGUACCCGGUGCUGUACGACACGCAGCACGAGCACCACCGCGACAUCGACGUGCGCGACCGCUGCUGGCUCGAGAUCUCCGACCGCCUCGGCGCCAACAGCGAGGUGUUGAAGCGCGAGUGGAAGAUCCUGCGCGACUCGAUGCGGCAAGCCUUGAAGCGCAGCAACACCGGCGCCACCACCAAGUCAGGGCUGCCCUGCAAGAAGUGGCGCUUCCAGAGCCGCAUGGCCUUCGUGCUGCCCUACAUGACCAUCAGGAGGAAUCAAAGGCAGAUUAAGGAGAACAUUAAGAUAGACGAGACAGAAGCGGCCUCGGACGAUGAGCGGGAGCACGAGGUGUGGGACCCGGGCAACCAGCUCGGCAACCAGCUCGGCAACCAGCCCGGCAACCAGCUCGGCAACCAGCCCGGCCCCGACCAUGACUCGCUCGAUCUUUUCUUCGCUAGCGUCUGCCAAAGUACGAAGCGCUUACCUCGCAAAUAUCAAUCUUCCGUCAAGAGACAAGUACUAGACACACUUUUAAGAGUCGAAGAGGAGUGGGAGAAUGAGCAGUCAGAGUCCAAGGUGGACGUCAGCAAGGACUACGAAUAAGCAAGUAACAGUGUAGUGCACUGCACUCUGCAGCCGGGGCGGCCGGCGGACAGCUGGUGUUCCUGAACAAUGUGUGCCUCGGAGAUUAAACAUGUUUUUACACUAGACAUUAACUUAUUUACAUUAAACGGUAUUGACUUUACACAGUACA